AUGGAUCGACAUCUGGAGGUGGACAUCGAUGGCUCUCCGAGUCGAGAGGUGGGUGUUGUAUCAGCGGUGAAACAACUGCAACGUAACCCAAUGCCACCACCAUCGGGUGAUUGGACAAAUCAGUUCAGUCCAAGUGGUGUUGAUGAAUACCAUCCUUUUGUGGAAGCGUUGUUACCUUACGUCAAGGAUUUUUCUUACGUUUGGUUCAAUUUGCAAGCGGCGAAACGGCGUUAUUUCAAAAGACAUGAGAAACGAAUGACACUGGAGGAGGAAACUGGUGUCAAAGAUGAAUUGAUGAACGAACGUGCUGAACUGAAACAAAAGUGGGCGGCACGGUUGUUGGGGAAGCUCAGGAAGGACAUCCAACCUCAGUAUCGUGACGACUUUGUCUCUUCGGUAACGGGACAACAGCCUGCUGUGUGCGUCUUGUCCAAUCCGGACCAAAAAGGAAAGAUGCGGCGUAUCGAUUGUUUGAGGCAGGCCGAUAAAGUCUGGCGAUUAGACUUGGUCAUGGUUAUCCUUUUUAAAGGCAUUCCUCUCGAAAGUACGGACAGUGAACGCCUGGAGAAGUGUGCAGAGUGUGUUUUUCCUGCCGUCUGCGUCAAUCCCUAUCAUAUUUCUAUAGCCGUACGAGAACUAGAUUUGUUUCUUGCGAAUUUUAUCCGUACCGGUAAUCCAGACGAAAAGGACGUGCACGACGAAAAAUCCGAAGAUAAGCAAAAAGUAGACAUUUUGAUGAGCGAUAUGGGUCCAGAAGGGAUUUGGGGCACCGGUGUGUUUUCGGCGUUUGAGUUGAAAACAUUGACAAAACCGUCGAUAGUAACGUGCUCUUCUCUCACAAAUGGGCGGCCCGUCAUGCAGUCUGCUUUACGAAAGAAUGAUCCUUCAUCGUGGAUCCCUACAAUUUCCUCAACUAAUUCACCUCUAGAUGGAAGUCUUCCGUCUUCUCCGCCUCCAAGUGCAAUGGCAGCGAUUAAAGCUCUUGCAGAAUCAGAAUGUCAUUUAUCGGGUACAACCUCAGGUACUUUGCGGUCGUCCAACUCAAUUCCUCAGGUGGGCGCUGUGGUAACGGUUGGUGUAAAUAGCGAAUCAAAACAUACACUUAUGGGAUAUAAUGGAGCUGAGAAUGAGGAGGAACCUAACGAAAAGCGAAGUCGACAUGCAUCUCGAGAUUCUGCCAACAGCAGUACGAAUGAAGAGGUGAGGCGAAUCGUGGAACGUGCUGCUGAAGGUGGAUGGAACAGUGGAUUGGCUGGAGAAGACCUGUCUGCUGGAGAUCAAGCUAGGCGAACUGAAUUUAUUGAGAAAGGACAACGCAUCGUUCUGCAGAGGGAUGGCAAUCGAUAUGUGAAAAUUGUCCAGUCAAGCAGUACGAGAUCAGCCGCACCUACAGCUCCAUCAAAUGUUCGUCGUGUUACCGUAGCAAGUGCAGGAGGCGAUGAACAACAACUGGGCGUAUUGGUUGUCGAUUCUCGUAAUGCAACGCGAGUUACGGCUGGAUUCCAGCAACCAGAAAGAAAUGGAAUUCCCACUAAUUCCUAUGCCCAACAACCGCAAACGUUGGCAGCUGCUUUGUCCGGUUUGUCACCGUUGAGUCGAGGAGAUCUGAUGUCCAGUGCUGUUUAUCAAAGUCGUGCACCCAUGGUUUCAAGUCGCAAGCGAAUUCAUUCCGUUAAUGCCCAUGCUGGUAAUCCAAAUGCAAUUACUCAAGCCACAUUGAACGGACUGACUCGACUUACUGGCUCUGGCACAACAGAAAACGACACAUCGCCUCCACAUGCGGUCGUUUCGCAAUUGCGGAGAUUGGAAGGAAAUGGAACAGCGUAUUUGGCGAGUCCGACGAAGUUUACAACUGCGAAUGGAACGACGAUAAGUUUCAGCAAGGUUCUGGAACAAGUCGAAACGCAAUACCAAGCAGGAAAAGUCCGUCAAGAUGUUAUGAGCGAGCCGAGCCUAACUGGUGAAGUGCUUGCUCCUCAACCAAUUCGUACGUUUGUGACGAAGCCUGAGCAGUCAGCGAAGUUGGUUGCACCGAAGGCGAUCAAUCCGGUUGCUAUGAAGAAAGCAUAUGAAAUGCAGGUUCAGCAAGCACUUUCUGCAUGCAGUUCCGUUGUUGCUUCUCCUCUAACAACUCCAAGAGUAACACCAAUCCCAACAUCGAUGCUGAGCGGUGGUGCGCCUGUUCGAGCUGCAAUCCCUUCUACUGGACCGGAAGAUGAAUGUAAUACUCUCCUCAAUGUUAUCGCUAGUAACGGGAAUAGCAAUGACGGCAUACUGUCAAGUCAUUUUCUUCAAUACCUCAACGAUUCAAAUUCGCGGUCUCCAAGUUCUACUGGGAACUCUUUGCAUGCCCCUUUCAACGUAAUCGCAAGUGUUCCAGCUAGACCAGAUAGCGUUGCAAGCAACAGUUCCAAUUCGCUUACGGGUGUGCUAUCGCUUUCGGCUCCUCCAACAAAUGCGCUAACAGUUUCACAAACUCCUACAGCCACAUCUCCCACAGUGGAUUCAACCACCAUCGAAGUGGCGGUCCGCGACUCGCUACCUGAUUCGACAACGGCGGACUCGCCACGGGUCAUUCGAGGAGGCGGGUAUCUGGCAGGAUCGGCUUCCUCUGCGAGUCCUUCCAGUUCGAACGGCAGCAGUAUAUCUAGCUCUUCUCUUCAGGGUGCACUCAUGUCCACUGAUUUCCGUGUAGUUCCAAAAUGA